AUGCUGAAGCGGGCUUCCUUCAACAUCCCUUCUUUCGUUCUUCAUUAUGUCAUUAAUGGUCAAGACUGGCCGGAAGGGGACGAAGUCUAUCACAGCUGGAUCAGUGUUCCAACCUUGUUGAUAAACGGCCGGGAGGAUACAUUUGCCACACUGGACGACGCUAAACUCAUGAAAGCGACCAUUCAUGGAUCGAAGCUGGAAAUAGUGGACGAGGCAAGUCACAUGGUGAUGCUGGAGGCACCAGAUAAGGUGAACAAACUGAUUCUGGACUUUAUCUGUUCGCGCGGAUCGCACAAAUUACCCGACGUGAAGGAGUCGGCCGAAGAAGGACAAGAGAGCCCACUGAAGACGAUUUCUGCGUGCAGUUACGGCAGUGGGGUAGGUGGUAAGGCCGUUCCCACUUUUCACCUUCACCAGCACCAGCACACUGUCCCGCAAUACUACGGAGCGCCUGAGGAGCGGUCGAAAACACCGACUCAGUCCCCAAGAUCGAAUGUCAUGGCGGCCAGAACGGCGACGAUGUCCUCUUCCCAGCCGCCGGUCACGGUUGAAAGUGAAAGACGAAAAUAUGCAGAAGAGGGUGAAGUUGAUUUUUACACACCGAAAAGCUUCAAUGAAGAGACGGUGGCACGAGGUAACUCGACCCCUUGGCAAAAAUGGUCGAAAAAGCAGCAGAAAUCAAGUUAUGACAAUGCGAGCUACGAGUCGGAUGAAUCAGUAGAAGAAUAUUAUUAUUAUAAGGACCAGUAUGGUAAUCAUCAUUACGUUAGCGCUACAGAAUACGCUAGACAGUUUCCCCACCAGCAACUGCCGCCAGUCGAUUACCGAACGAACGAAGUUGAAAUGGAAGUAUCUACAUUUGACAUUCCGGCAUUUGAGGAUAUCUCCGUCGACCAGUCGACAGAUACGGACGGAAAUAUUGCGGAAGGGGAUAGCACUCCUGAUUACUCCCCCGCAAAGGUUUAUCCAGUAGAGAUCAACACUAACCAUCCAAAUGACUUAAACACAGAUGGAAGCCCCGGAUAUAUGGAGUUCCGAAAAACUAAUCUUUCUGAUAACGAGUCACUGGAGAAGACCUGCGAAGAUCCGUCUAGUUUUAGGGAAACUUACGUUCGGGAGAUUGACGAAAACCAACCGCCUAGAUUCUCUGUUCCAGAGCUACAGUAUUGCGAAGAGUGUUUACAAAAAAAGGACAAUUCUAAGAAAAUGAAAGACUGUGAGAAAUGCAUCAGUAUUAAUAUGUCUGCUGCCGGAUACAGGAACCAUCAAAAUAGUAACACCCGUCGCCAGUCGGUAACUCUGGCCUUAGGACGACAAAGGAGUGAUUCUCUGGACUAUCUCGGACAAGAGCAGCUGAUUAUUAUUACUUGCUACGAUGAAACCGAGGAGGAAGAGAUAAGCAUCUCGUCGUCAGCCGAAGAUGCCUACAACGACAGAUGGCGUCGUUCCAACGAAGAGCAGAGCAAUCAGAGAGCGACACGUCAUGACGACCGCAAUGGCGUGCCAGAGGUAGAAGAGGUCACGUGCAAAAAGCCGACUUUACCAACCUUGGAUGAAGGAGAUGAAUACUCUCCAAUUGCUAGUCCGACUGUUGGGGUAAGAAAAUGCAGGCAGGAGAGUGAACCGGUCAAAAAGCAAAACACGCCUCGUGAAGACUUGGUGAGAAGCUUACAUAUGGAGCUUCUAGCCAAGGUCAACAAACGCAACCGGGUGUGCGAAGAAAGAAAAAUCCCUGAAGUAGAGGUGAGUAAAUCGGAUACGAACUCGUCUCCUGCUUCGGAGCCAUCUUCUGAAGAAGGCGUCAUCUGUCGAAGCUCCUCAUUUUUAGAAUCAAAAAAACUGAUGGAAGCUCACUUCUCAAAGCCUGCGUUCAAGAUGCAAGCCAGGUACCCUCUGCCGACAUUAACUCUAAGUGGUAGAAGUUCCCUUAGCGAAGGACCGCCGAACAGAGAUAUAUUAAAAGAUUUAAGUCCCAAGUCCGAAUGUUCGAAUUAUUCCCCGUCACCAAUUAGGCGUGAACAAUCUGAGAAUAACAUCUUAGAAAGCAGUCCAUCUUUCUUGCAAUCAAAGCGAGCCAUUCAGGAACAUUUUUCCAAAGUUGGUCUAAGCAGUCCUAUGUCCCGUCCGUUUUCCUCUCCAAAUUUAGUUAGCUAUGGAAACGGAUCUUAUCUUCACGGCAUUUCCCCACAAAAGGACCGCAAGCUAUCCAAUUCUUCCCCGUCUUCGCUAGGGAAACCACUCACCAGCCCAGGAAAGGCGAUAACCUCCAAGCUAUGCCCUUCCGACGACGAAUGUCAAACUUCACAAAGCCCCGGUGUGAGUGAAUCGGCCGAGAAACGCCGAAAACGAGAAAGUGAGUCGGUCUCUCCUAAAAAGUCCAAAACGCCAGGGGAAUCGGUUGAAUCAGAAAAUGUCGCCUCAUCUGACUCGUCUUCUGGAUCGAGUAGUCCGAUUAAAAUUUCGCUCAGCCUCAGUGAGUGGGCCGAGAGACAUUUGAAGAUAAUUGCAGCAUCUCUUUCUCCGUCAAGUUCACCACAUAAGGAUAAUUCGAAUAAAGAUAUCAGCCCAACUAGUCCUUCAGGGAAACAUAUAGUCGGAAUGGAAGAAAAAGGACCCAGGAGUUCCCUGAGCCUUAAUGAUUGGGCUGAGAGGCAUUUGAAGUUGGUCGGAUUCCAAUUGUCUCCCUCGCGUAAUGUUUCAGGAAAAUUCGAAGACGAGACUCGUACUUCCCCCGAGAAAGACGGUGCCGCCAGCGACAGAGCUCAAGAACAAGAUGUCCCAAAAGAUGCAGGGAUGAAAAGGCUCUCCGCGAAUGAAAGCGAAAAGGUAAUAACAAAAUCGACGAUAAACUCGGAUAAUGGUUCAGUAAAAAAUGAGGUUAAAUGCUCUCAGGAACGUAAGUCUAGUGAACUUAGUCUUAGCGAGUGGGCUGAACGUCAUGUUAGGAAAAUCGAAGAAAUGAAUUCAAGAUCUCCAAAAAUCAUGCAAGUAACACAUUCCGAUGCUGAAUCAAGUCCUGUGUGUGCAUAUGGUUCACUUCGAACACCGGAAAGAAGCGGAAAACCAAUCAGAAAAAUCUCUACCCUCGCUCUGAACGAAUGGGCCGAGAAACAUAUUCGAGCAAUUUCUGAACAGAGGCUUGUCACUGGACCACCGAAAGAGGAAAACGUAUUUUCAAAAGAUAAUAAGAAUGAAAAUGAAGAACCAAAAAAUAGUCAAGAGUCUGCAACUUCGACGGUCCAAUCUGAUCACAGCAAUUCUUUACCAAUUCCGCAAAAUGAAGACCAAUUUCCAGAUCCCGAGGAAGAAAUUUCCAAAGAAAUAAACAUCAAUACUUCGUUUACCGAUGCCCGUAAAGGUAGCAAAUCCGAAAAUGACCAUGAUCUGAAUGUUUGUAAAUUGGACAAGUCUGUAAUUACACAGGAAAUCGGAUCCUCUCACCAAUCAUGUCUUAUAAAUAAACCAGUCUUCUCUAAUCUGCAAGAGACCACAGUACCAGAGCCGGUCAUAGACGUCGACCUGCAGAUGAAAUCGUGUGUCGACACCUUAACCGAUACACCGAUCUCAGAAGAGUCAUCAAGUGCCAUUCACCAGCGGCGGCGGUCCUCGUCGUCACAAUCGCAAGUCGUCCAGGAACACGGACAAGAUAAUAAGGACGACGGUUCUCAGUUUCUAAGUAGCAACAACGCCGCUAACAACAACAACAACAACAUCAACAACAAUAACAGCAACAGUAACAACAACAACGCCGAGCUUGGACAGACGUUAUCUCGUGAACGGAGCAGAAGCCCAACUUUUGAUGAUAACAGCAAUGUAGUCGCGUCCACAAGUAUUUCACAGGAAGACAAAGAGACGGACGAGAAAGACGCAGCUUUGAGCGAGGAACAACAGAGUUGCUGCUAUCAGUCAGUUGACAAAGCCAUGACAACAGACAACGACAAUAACAGGAUCAAGUCACAUACGACUUCAGUUGCGACGACGGAUUCAGAUAGCCCAUCCCUUAACAAAGUGUCCAAUGAAAUUGCUUACACAACAAUCUGA